GCACAACAUAUACCAAACUUUCAACUAGUUCCAUUCAAUGACCAUAUCUUUGUACCGUCCAUAGAUGUCAAGGACAAUACUCGGACACAAUUAAACAUUCCUUUGCUUCUCCCUCAAGGCAUUCUUGCUUCACAGCAAAACUAUAUUUCUUCCUUCUUUCUACAUAUUCUGUUGGGUCCAGUCCUAUAUAACAUUAAGUCUUCUCCAUCUCUUGCAUGACCACCCCCCGAUCCACAGUAGCAUAAUGGCUAAUAUAUGCAAUAGAGCCACUCAUGUCCUUGCGCUUUCAUUUUUGAAUCUUAUCAGUAUUGCUAUUGCUUCUGUCGUCUCCACCGGGAAUUUUAAUGGUGAUUUCUACAUUACAUGGUCUCCUAGCCAUGUGAACACUUCAGCAGAUGGGCAUGCAAGGAGCCUGAAGCUAGACCAAGAGUCAGGGUCAUCUAUCGCCUCGAACGAUAUGUUCUUGUUCGGGCAGAUUGACAUGCAGAUUAAACUGAUACCGGGCUACUCUGCAGGCACUGUCCUAGCAUUCUAUCUCACAUCUGACCAACCGAACCGAGAUGAGAUAGACUUUGAAUUCUUAGGAAAUGUGACCGGGCAGCCAUACAUUCUGCAAACAAAUGUAUUUGCUGAUGGUUUGGACAACCGAGAGGAGAGGAUCUAUCUAUGGUUCGAUCCAACCAGAGACUUCCACACCUAUUCAAUUCUUUGGAACCGUUAUCAAAUAGUGUUUAUGGUAGAUUGGGUGCCAAUAAGAGUGUAUAGAAAUCAUGCAGACAAAGGUGCGGCCUUUCCAAGAUGGCAGCCAAUGUCUCUGAAGGUGAGCCUAUGGAAUGGAGACAACUGGGCUACGAGGGGAGGGCGCGACAAGGUUGACUGGUCAAAGGGCCCCUUCAUAGCCUCAAUGAGAAACUACAAGAUUGAUGCUUGUGUGUGGAAGGGGAACCCAAGGUUUUGCAGGGCUGAUAGCUCCACCAAUUGGUGGAACAAGCCCAGGUUCAGCAGCCUUACAUGGAGCCAGAGGAGGCUGUUCAAAUGGGUCAUGAAGUACCACCUCAUCUAUGACUACUGCCAGGACCCCAAGAGGUUCCAAAAUAAGCUACCAAGGGAGUGCUCUCUUCCCAAGUACUAGUCUAAGAGGGAUUCACCCCUUGGAAUGCCAGCAAAUUAAACUGGUGUGUGUUGAUCACAUCGAAUGAGGAACUGAUGAUGAAUGAGCUUUUGGUUGGCCUUUGAUAUAUUUUUCUUAGGCAACAAUAAUAGCAAAUGUAUGAAGAGCACACCUAUAAGUUUCUGUCACCCUUGCGAUCAAAUUUCUUCGUUCACUGGCUUUCAAAGGACAACAUUAUAAUCAUCAUAAUUCCACCAAUCGGCUAAAUGCGUUAUACGGUGCAUAUA